AUGCAACGUGCCGGUGCCACGCCCAGUUCGCCCGCGGAGAAUAUUCUACUGCAACCGCCUAUUUUUUCUACGCCACCGCCACAAUCGACUUUAAUCUCACAAAAUGAAAAUGGCGAAUUAUGUCGAGUGGGAUUAAAACCAACUCCGUUUUGGCCUGAUCGUCCAGCGCUUUGGUUUGCACACCUGGAAGGGCAAUUUUUACUGGCACGUAUUAAUUGUGAUAGCACAAAAUUCUACCAUGUUUGUGGGCAAUUGGACCGACAGCACAUAAUAGAAGUGGAAGAUAUUAUUGAGAACCCACCCAAAGAAAAUAUGUAUGCUACACUAAAGGCGGAAUUAAUACGUAGACUUUCAGCCACUCAGGAACAAAACGUGAAGCAAUUACUUGAGUUUGAAGAAUUAGGUAGUCGUAAACCUUCUUAA